GGAGCAUCUCUGGGGAGCGCGAACAGCAUCUGCGCGGCUGCUCGCGCUCGCCGGAGACGGACGCCACGGACAGCGCCAAUCGAACUCUGCCGGCGUCUGCGGCCCAGAUGUUUGUCCAGUAUCUGCACGGGUUGAAAGUGAAUUGCUUCAUUGCUCGAAUCAACGCGACGGGAUUAUUUAAUAGCUUG